AAUAUGACGUUGAUCAGUUGUUCGACCUUUAUUGAACGUCAAAAUUUACACUUUCAAUAACAACUAACAAGACAGUCAGUAGUCAGUCAAAUCUCUUUGUUAAACAUAUUCCAUAAUCAUAUAAGUAAAAUAAGAGGAGUUUCCUAGUAACAUUUAAAUCAAGUGUCUAAAUUUGUGGAACUCAUGGAUCGAGUUAUCAUGGAAAGUCAAUCAAACGAUGAGAGCUGGGUAACUGAGAACAGUGAGAACACCUGUACCCAUACUACUUCAACUCCAUACUUCAUAGUACCAGAAGAACGCUUAAGAAGAAAGCUACAGUUUCACUUCAUGAAUCCUAUAGAAAAAUGGAAAGCUAAAAGAAGAUUUCCCUACAAGUUUAUGGUACAGCUGGUCAAAAUUUUUCUGGUAACUUUGCAACUAUCGUUAUAUUCUUAUUCAAGGUAUCAUUAUGUUAAUUACACAUUUGAUAACCGUGUAACAUUCUCCCAUCUAUUUCUGAAAGGCUGGGAUGCAACUAGAGAAAUCAAUACUUAUCCUCCUACAGCUGGACCUUUGGCUAUAUAUGUUAAAGAUGAUUUUUAUUCCACAAUAGAAUUUGCAGUUGAAGGUUACGCCAAUUUAAGUGAAGCAAUUGGGUCGUAUUCAUAUACCAACGAAGAUAAUUCAAGGCCUGAUAUGGUUUUUUGUUUAUAUAGUUAUAAAGAGGGGGAUAUUUUUGGUUUUAACGAAUCUUAUGUUUUCAAUUCAGAAAUUGUAGAAACUUGCAAAAAUUUAUCACAGAGUGGGUACAGCAAUUUCAAAGCCAACAAAUUUUUUGAGAAAAAUGAAAUUAAUUUUUCAGCUCUAGUUAGAGCAGAAUUGAAAUUUUCACUGAAAACUGUCAACUUCAAAUCAGCAGGUAGAAUUUCACCUCCUAAUUGUUACCAGUUCGACAUAGUUAUCUUAUUUGAUAAUGAAGACCACGAUGGACAACUGGUGGUUACUCUUGAUGCGGAACCAACCAGAUUAAAAUGUAAAGGUGAUGUUGAAUAUGUUAUAGGAAAUGAAAUAAGCUCGAUAUUACGUAGUUUGCUUAAUUAUUUUGUCAUUUUUAUCUGUUUUGCUUCUCUACUUCUUUGUGCUAGAGCUCUCUGGAGAGCCAUACAGUUGCGACAAAUAACAGAAAAUUUUUUCAUUUCCACUUUCAAUAAACCCCUGAGUAGCAACGAUAGAGGUAAAUUUGUGAAUUGGUGGUAUUUAAUGAUAAUUGUGAAUGACGUUUUAAUUAUUGUUGGUUCCUCUAUUCAACAACAAAUUGAGAGUGAUGAAUUUAGCUCAGAUCAGUGGAAUGUUUGCAGUGUUUUCUUGGGUUCAGGAAAUUUAUUGGUUUGGUUUGGGGUAUUGAGAUAUUUGGGAUUCUUCAAAACAUACAAUGUCGUCAUUUUAACUUUACAAAAAGCUGCCCCUCAAGUAGCAAGGUUUUUAAUAUGUGCUAUUCUUAUAUAUGCUGGAUUUCUAUUUUGUGGAUGGCUAGUAUUAGGACCUUAUCAUCUGAAGUUCAAAUCAUUAUCUACAACUUCAGAAUGUUUAUUUGCUUUAAUUAAUGGGGAUGAUAUGUUCGCAACUUUCUCUGUGUUGAGUACAAAAUCAAGCUUAUUAUGGUGGUUUUCCAGAAUUUAUCUUUACACAUUUAUCUCUUUGUAUAUUUAUAUUAUACUCAGUUUAUUUAUUUCUGUUAUCAUGGAUGCUUAUGAAACAAUCAAACAAUAUUAUGAAGAAGGUUUUCCUAAGAGUGAUUUACAAAUUUUUAUUGGGGAAACUAAUUUAGACGAUCUAUCAAGUGGUCUCUAUAGAACAGGAUCUACAGAGAGCUUAGGGGGUUUAGUAAAAGAUUUCUUCUGUUGUUUUAAAAGCACAAAGAACUAUACAUCAAUUCCAUCUCCUGAAAAUAGUUGAUCUAUUUAAUUAUAACUAUAUUGAGAUUUGUUCUACUGAGAACCAAAGAGAGAUUAAAUAAACCGCCAUGUUUUGUUUUUAUUUGUAAGUGUAUUUUAUGCAUUGAAGUGAUUUUUACCAUAUAAAUUUUGUCUCAGGUAUAAUAAGAAGUUAUAAAAGAAGAGGUUUAAAUAAUGAAUUAAUCAAUUGAAUGUGUUUUUUAUGCAAUUUUAUCCUUAUUUUGUAGUAAUUUUGUAUAUAAUCAAUAGAACGAUUCAAUUGUUAAUGAUCUAUAUAGGCUACAGAAAAAAUUCAGUGAAGUCCAGUAAACAUCAAAGUCUCAAAAACUACUUUUGAUAGAAAAUGCUUUAUUUUGAGAUUUUAUGCAUCUGAUUUUAUAUUUUCGAUAACUUUCUUAUCACAUAUUUGGUUUCCUCUGAGACUUAUAAUUUCUUGAAAUAACUGAUUUUUUAAGGUGUAUAUUUUUCCUAACUAUCAUCAUUCUGGAUCAAUAAGGCUGAAUAAGUACAAAUUGUACAGUGAUUGAGUAAUUAAUUGAUGUUGAGGAUAUUAGGUUUAGUCAUAUCUUCAGUUAUUCUUCCAUUGUGAAUCUAUACACUAGACUACUCUUACCAAAUUAUUAUUUUUGAAUUGAUUUAUAGUUAAGUGAAUAUUUUUUUGUUGGAUGCUAUGCACUAGUUGAGUUACCCACAUAUAUUUCAUGUUGAUUUUGUUUAAAAACUGAUAUAUCCUUUCAUUAUAGUACAGACAAAGUAAAGUACAUUAUGUAAAUUGAUGUAUAUAUUAGUUUAUAAUAAUUAAUAAAUAUUUAUAACAAAAAACUAA